GGGUGGGGAGAGACAAAGGGAGAGGAAUGCGCUCGAGGGGUUUUGUUAGUGGUUUAUUCGCACGAGAGCAGAAGUGCUGAGAACUCUACCAGUUCCACACAGGACACUCCUACUGACUGUAAUUUACAGCUCGGUUACACGGUUAAAUCCUCAAUUUUCAACGGUAACAUCCAUCAUCUUAAUGAAACCAUGCUGAGUGUUUGGACCCUCCUUUCAACUGCUAUUUGUGCAGUGUCAGUCUCUGCAUUACCUCAGAGGAUUUUAUUCCAUGGCCAGCAGCUGACUCUGGAUCUUCCUGAGAGGACACGGAGCUUGGAGUUUUUAAAUGCUAAUGAGACUGAAAGACUUACUAUCUGGAACCAAGCUAGCAAUUCUGUGCGGGCAAGUAAAGGCUAUGUGACCAGCAUGGGUAAGGACUGGACAUUCAGAAUCCAACGUGUUACGUUUGAUGAUGAGGGAACCUACACCUUGUUAAAUCACUUUGGUGCAACCAUCAUCAGUUAUAUAGUGAAGGUCAACUCCAACAAAGGCAUCAUUGAUUGUGUCGCAGGUGACACUCUGAGAAUAUCUCUGGCAGGACUCAAGCAGACUGAUGCUACGCUUCGCUUUUACAAUAAUUAUUCAUCUCUCGUCCUGGUGGAGAAUGGAGUUGCUGUGGGACGAAGCUACCCAGACUAUGUCAACCGGCUUAGAGUGAGCAGUGAAAUUAUUCAGAUUCUCAAUGUAAAUGUUUCAGAUGUAGGCAGAUACGAGCUCACCGAUCUGAAACGAAGACUCGUCUCAAACAAUACAAUGAUACUAGUGGAUCAUCGUGAUUAUUCCGCCAAUAAAGGUCUUCUAGCUCUGCUGUUGCUUGGAAUUCCUGGUGGAAUCUGCUUCUGCUGCAGAAAGAGAAUCUGCAAAUGUUGUCAGACCACUAAAUCAGACACAAGUCAGCCCAACAGUGUACCAAUGUCUUCACCUAGCAGCAACACUAUGUCUGGUCCUGUAGGUCCUGGAGACAAUGGCCAGGGCUACAUUGCUGGUUAUCCGUCUCAACCAGAUCCAGGUCAGAAUCACUAUCCUUAUCAACCAGAGUCAGGCGGACAACCUGCUGUUCCUCCCAACCCUGGCUACGUCGCUGGUUAUCCGUCUCAUCCUUAUCCACCAGAGUCAGGCGGACAACCUGCUGCUCCUCCCAACCCUGGUUUUUAUCAAAACCCUGUCUACCCUCCUGCCUCUGGCCCUGCACCUGCUCAGCCGCCCCAGUGGAAUGCCCCUCCAACCAACUACCAACCACCUGCACCUGUGAACUAUGCACCAGUAAUGAGCAGUGCUCCUUCUGGGCCUGAAAUGCCGCCAACUGUACCACUGCUCACACCUCAGCCUCAGUCUCAACCAAUGGAUAUCCUUAACUCCAGUGAAUCUGGCUUCCAGUUUGAUGUUAACAAAGGAAGGUCUUCUGGCAACAACUUCCUGUAGUUACUCCAAUAUCCUGAAUUAUCCCUGCAAUGGAUGUAGAAACAAACACUUGUUUGUUAGAUUCAUACAAAAUGCAAGCCUUAAAAAGAAUAAUAACAAUUUUGGCCUUAGAACUAAUAGGACCUUAAUUAAAACUACUACUUAAUUUGUUUAUGAUUAGACCUAUUCUCUCAGCACUUAGUCUAGCUAAAGUGAUAUAGGAGGUUAUUACAAUUUGCAUAAGAAAAAAAAAUGAAAUGCAUUUAUAUAUUACCUACUGUACCUCAAAUCCGUUUACUGUUUUCCCAUGAAAAACAGCUUCCAAAGAUGCGUGUCUUUUUCUUACAGCUUAAUGUCACUCUCUUGCUGCUCUUUAAUAACAGAAGAAAAAAAAUGUUGAAUGAUACCAACGAUUUUUAAAAACCUACCUCCAUAUUUCACCAAUAUGUUUUCAUAUUAAAGUCACAUUGCAAUAUGGACAAAAGAAUGACUCACCCUCUGAAUGGGCUUUUAACAGACGUGUUUGUUUAAGGAAAAAGCAGAGCAAUUACUAUAGACGCACACUAGUUGGGACCUGUCCUGAAAUUCAGUUUGAAGGUGAAAGUGAACUACCAUUUUCACUUGAUCUAAUCUAUCCUUUCAGUCAGGCUGAAAAGGCUAUGUUCUACACUUUUGUGUAGAACUACAUUGAAUAAUAAGCCAUUAUUUUAUCAUUGUAGUUGUGCAAAUGUCCAUAAACUAUUGACUGUAGUGUAUGUAUUCACUCUAUUUACUUUUUUGCAAACUUUAAAGUACAUGCUUACCUUACUGUAGUGUUGGGAAACAACAACAACAAAAACCUGUAACCUAAGAAAACUAAAAUAUAUAUUGAUAUUUUUACCUGCUUAAACAGUAUCAUGUAAGGCUCAGGAAUCAGGAAAAUAUAUGAAAAAAUGAUAGGAUGUCUAAAGUUAAACAGAUAUAAUGCAUGUUAUUAGUAAUGCAUGUUAGUGAAUUUAGAUGUAUUACCAGUGUUUCAGGGAAUUUUCUUAACUGCUAAGCAAGUAGUUGCAUUUGCAGUUUUAUAGUGCUUUUAGCUGAAAUAAAAAAAAUAAAAUGGUGCAAACAAAACAUUUAUACUUGAACGUUGAUAAUGUGUGUAAAAUAUUACAGUGACAUUUUAAUACGAUUUGUGUUGUACCUGCAUACUUAUGGGUAAUUUUAUUUGCCCUUCAACUGCUAUCAAUUUCCUUACCGGGACUGUUUACUGUUCAUAUUUUAUAUUAUCAUUACAUGUUCUAAGUAUAUAUACAUAUAUUUUUAUUUUAUUUUGUCUAACAUCUAGUGCCAACCGGCAAAGUAAUUUCCCCUGUUUUAUGUUGCAUUAUUGGAAAACGAAAUGCAAUAUGUUGUCACACUUUGAACUAUAAUAAGAAUGACAAUAAACAUGAUUAUAAUACA